UGGACUAACAAGGAAUUCCAUUCCAUGUGUUACUUCAGCCAAUAAGUAACAAUCCUAAACAUAACAUGAGAAAGACUAACAUAACAGGAAGAAAGAGUUUCAUAACCUAGGAAUAGGAUGAUCAAUUCUAAGACAAAGAAUGAGAAUAAUACAAACAUAACAGAUUCUGUCUAUCUAUCUGGGUUCUGGGUUCUGCAAAUGCAAUGCUGCAAACAAGUGCAAAACUCAUCCAACUCCUCCGAAACACAAAUGCUCCAUUUUCAAAGCAGCUUCUGCGCCACCACUUCUCCUCUUCAGUCUCCACCACCGCCAAAGAUGAAUACUUCGCCGCCAUCCACCACAUCUCCAACAUCGUCCGUCGCGACUUCUACAUGGAGCGCACCCUCAACAAACUCGGCAUCACAGUCACCCCGGAGCUCGUGUUCCGCGUCCUCCGCGCCUGCUCCAUCUCCUCCGCCGAGUCCCUCCGCUUCUUCAACUGGGCCCGCUCCCACCACCACCACCCUCCCUACAUCCCAACCUCCCUCGAGUUCGAAGAAAUCGUCAAGAUCCUCGCACGUGCCAACAACUACCAAACCAUGUGGACCAUCAUCCACCAGAUGACACACCACCACCGCCUCGCCCUCUCCCCCGAAGCCGUCUCCUCCGUCAUCGAAGCCUACGGCCACCACCGCCACGUCGACCAAGCCGUCGAGGUUUUCAACAAGUCUAGGGUUUUCAAUUGCCCCCAAAAUCUCCAACUCUACAACUCCCUCCUCUUAGCCCUCUGCGAAUCCAGGCUCUUCCAUGGCGCUUACGCCUUGAUUCGGAGAAUGGUUCGGAAAGGUAUUGCCCCUGACAAGAGAACCUACGCGGUUCUGGUUAACGCGUGGUGUUCGACCGGGAAAAUGCAAGAGGCUAAGCAGUUCUUGAAGGAAAUGAGCGAGAAAGGGUUUAACCCUCCAGUUAGAGGUCGUGAUCUUCUAAUUGAAGGUUUGUUAAACGCCGGUUAUUUCGAAUCGGCGAAAGGAAUGGUGAGGAAGAUGAUCAAGGAAGGGUUUGUUCCUGAUGUGGGAACCUUCAAUGCAUUGCUUGAAGCAAUGUGCAAAUGCAAGAGUGACUUUGAUACAACUGAAACUGAAACUGAGAUUGAAACUGAUUCUGAGGUUGCAUUCUGUGUUGGUCUUUAUCAUGAAGUGUGUAAAUUGGGGAUGGUUCCUGAUGUUAACACUUACAAGAUCCUCAUACCUGCGGUUUCGAGGGCAGGGUUGAUGGAUGAAGCGUUUAGGUUGUUGCAUAAUUCUGUUGAGGAUGGUCAACGUCCCUUUCCAAGCUUGUAUGCGCCUAUAAUUAAGGCUCUGUGCAGGAGGGGUCAAUUUGAUGAUGCAUUUUGCUUUUUCAGUGAUAUGAAGGUAAAGGGUCAUCCCCCUAAUCGUCCUCUCUAUACUAUGCUAAUUACCAUGUGUGGUCGUGCUGGAAGGUUUGUUGAUGCAGCUAAUUACCUUUUUGAAAUGGCUGAGAUUGGUUUGGUCCCUAUAUCUCGCUGCUUUGAUAUGGUCACUGAUGGAUUGAAGAAUUGUGGUAAACAUGACUUGGCUAAAAGAGUACAACAACUUGAAAUCUCUAUCCGUGGUGUUUGAUUUCAUAUGCAUUAGCCACAUUAUACAUGCUGAAAAACUCCUCUUUACAAGGUGUCUUAACUAUGGAAUUCAAUAUAGGUCCUUAUUUUUGGUCUCUCUCUCUCUCUCUUUCUUUACUCUUUCCAAUUCUAUCUAUUUUGGCCUAUACUUCUUCACUACUUGUAAACUAGAUGAAUUUUCUAUCAUACCUUUGAGGAACAAAGAAAGCGUUUCUCUAAGAAGCAAAACCUUUUUUUUUUUCUCAAGUUCUGAUGAGAUAGGAUGUUGCAGUUCUGCUGAUGGCAUCAAUUGAGUUAUGUUUUUAACAACAGUACCAUGCAUUAAAGUGAUUUGCGACAGCAUCUUCGUGUUAGGAAGCAUUUAAUCAUCUGUAGAACUGUAGAAGAGGAAAGUUAAACGGUGAGAAAUGAAAAAUUGUAGAACCAUUAUGCACUAACAUGUGAUGUAUUCUAACAAGGGAAGAUAAAAACUCUCUCUAGAAAAUCAUUCAAAUGUGCUUGACUGCUGCACUUUUUCACUUAAUGAUGUUGUUCUGAGUAUGACAUUCAGCGAAAGAGAGAUGGUUAAGUUCAAGAAACAUUUCCUUCUGAAAUCUGAAUGAUGAAAGCAAGCAUCCUCCCAAUCCUUGAAAAAAUUCCGGGCGGUUUCCCAACAGAAAGAGAAUCCAUACGCCUGGAAGGAGGCUGAAUUGCAGAUGAAGACACUAUUUUUCCGUUUUACUAGUCGUUGCUAUAUUAUUUUUAUCCUCUCUGUACUCUGGUGGAAAAUGAAAACUUGAUUGGAUUGGCAGCUUUUGUGUAUGGCUUUGCAAAUUCACACAGCAUGUGGAAGGUAUGCUUAAAGCUGUCAGUAGAAAAUGUGUUUCUGUUUCUCGUCUUUGUUAUACAGAUUGAAUUUCCCAUGUCUGUUUGAAUUUUUGUUUGCCAAGUCUUCAGAAAUUUCAAUUGGGUGUAAAGAUACUAAAAUAUUGUACAUGUUAGUUCUGCAGCUGCAGCAGCUCCAAUCUCAAUUCUUACUUUGUCUCUAUCUGGGCUCUCUGUAAAUGAAAAAAAA